UAAAGUCUUCAGCAGGCGGCUUGCGCGCAGUUAUUGAACGUUACAGUGACCUACACCAUGAAGAGCUUCGCGUGCGUUUUGGUGAUCAGUGCCCUGUGCCUAAAUGCUUUUGCACAAGAAAGCUUCAAAUGCCCGGACGAUUUUGGGUUCUAUCCACACAGCAGGUCGUGUGACAAGUACUGGAAAUGUGACAACAACGCUGCCGAGUUGAAGACGUGUGGAAAUGGAUUGGCUUUUGACGCCAGCGAUCCAAAAUUUUUGACAGAGAACUGUGAUUAUAUUCAUAACGUCGACUGUGGUGACAGGGCAGAACUUGAACCACCAAUUUCAACGACACAUUGUGAAAGGCUGUACGGCAUUUUCCCUGAUGAGGCCAAAUGUGACGUUUUCUGGAACUGUUGGAACGGAGAAGCAUCCAGGUAUCAGUGUUCUCCUGGAUUAGCCUACGACAGAGAAGCCAGGGUAUGCAUGUGGGCUGAUCAAGUCCCUGAAUGCAAAAACGAGGAGGUAGCAGGAGGUUUCACAUGUCCCGCAGCAGGCGAAGUCAGCAAUGCUGGAUCGUUCAGCAGACACGCGCAUCCUGACGACUGCAGGAAGUACUACAUCUGUCUGGAAGGACAAGCCCGGGAAUACGGUUGCCCAAUUGGUACAGUGUUCAAAAUCGGUGACGCCGAUGGUACUGGUAACUGUGAAGAUCCAGAAGAUGUCCCCGGAUGCGAGGACUACUAUGGCGACUUGGACUUGAAGAGCAUCCGCAAGAGCGAACUUUUGGCCGGACUUCAAUCCAGUAGCGCCAGCAGAGCCACUUCCGCCCCUAAAAAAGCCCCUAGGCCCGCCCCUGCGUCUCGUAACGCACCUGAGCCUUCCAACUAAACCGUCGAUGCGUCAGGAAGCUGCGCACAGUGCUAAAAACACGACACGUUACCACAGACUUCUUCCCUAGUUCUUUUUUACCUUCAUUUCCCCUACUUUUUUCUUCGAACAUCUUUCAGUGGCGUGGAAUCGGUAUUUUUACGUGUAGAAUACCGAAAAAAGACGGCGUGUUAUUUUUUUUAAUUUAAUUUAACUGAAAAAAGACACGUUUUUGAGGGACUGUCAAAAAAAAUUCGACUCUGUUUGAUUUUUAUUUAAUUUUUUCUUUGUUUAAGGUUUUGAAUAUUGUUUGACAGUCUCUAAGGUGACAAAGCGAAUCUUUGUUGAUUUUUUAUUU